AAAUUAGGAGUAUGGACCGAUUCCUCCUUACGACCCUUUUGCUCAGCCUGCCCUUCGCUCACACUUCUACCAUUUAUGAAUGGGAUGAAUUCGAUUUUAAUUGGCCCUCUGAGCAGAGCAAGCAAAAAUAUUUUAAAGGAGGAGGAAAAUUCGAGCCUGACGAUCUAAGGCCCAAUUUCCUAGCGGUGUAUGAAGAGAGGAUUUUCCUAAGUCUCUAUCAAAGAUGGUCUGCUCCCUCGACCCUGGUCAGUUUUCCAACCGCCAUUACGUCUGGUCCGGCGCCUCCAAAGCUCACACCAUAUCCAUCCUUGGAAAUGAACGAAAAAGGCAACUGCAGAGUCAUUCAGUGGGCCCAGGGUCUGCAAGUGGACGCUCUUGGCCGCCUCUGGGUGCUUGACAGUGGCUUUAAUUGUCCGUCUAAAAUCUGGAUUUUCAACCUGGUCCAUGGCGACAGUAUUGAACUUUCCUACCAGUUUAAUCAAUCCUUGGAACUGUACGAUAUUGCUCUGGAAAAGACACAAGAGGACGACUGGCUUGCAUAUAUCACACAUGAAUCUGAAUCUAAAUGCCUCAUAGUUUUCAGCCUGAAUAAUAGACGUUCGAAGACUGUAUGUUCCGAGUGGAAGAAAUUUAAAGCAAUCGCAUUUUCCUCUUUGGAGAAAAAGCUGUUCUUUAGCCAGUUCGACUCCAAGGAACUUUAUUCGAUUUCCACUGAGAUAUUGAAAACUACAUCUUCAAUUAAACACCCUAACCGGAUUGUUUCCUGGCAGGCAGUAAACUGCUAUAGAAUGCUAUUCGACAAUAGUGGAGUUCUGUAUGCUGCCUUUUUGAAACAAACAUACAUCGAAACCUGGAAUGCUCAAAAACUUAAUAAGAAUCGAUUCUUUCUGAAUGGCGGUGAUUAUUUGGCUAGGACACCGUUCACUUUUGCCCUGGAUACAUCUGGAAUUAUGUGGAUCAUGGUUUAUAAGACAUGGAAGCCAUCAAGACACAAACUGCUCAGAAUUCCAAUCGGCGACAAUUCUUUUUCGACAAACGCCUCACAAGUUUGCAGAAACGGCGGAAUUUGCGUUUCACCUACAAUUCCAACCGCUCCUGCACGAACCACAAUUUUUGGAACAGAUAAAAACCCCGAAUUGUCAGCACACGGUGUAAACGACACUUAUUGUGACAACAAGCCUCUGCUCUUUUUGAACAUCGUUUUGUCCUGCUGGAACGUUUUCAGCCUCUUUUCAAUCGCAUCGCAGAUUCUUUGGUUCCGGAAGAUUAAAAAGACGCAAGACUCGAUCGCCGAAAUCAAGAAAGCAGAGCGUCGUGAUGCAACAAACCGCGCAUCAACAGACUCUCCAGAUCCGAUCUAUGAAGAAAUCGAGUCUUUUCCUUCCACUUCUGCGCUUUGCGAGACCAGAUAUUAAAAUUUUAAUCCUCAAACGAUUGACUAUCUGUGUAACAUGAUGAUUAAUAGCAUCUUAAAAAUAAAUUAAUAUCGCUUGUGAAUUUAUGCAACCUGAUUUCCUCUCUUGUCGAGUCGGUUGUAUAUCAACUUCUUUGUUGCGGUGAUAAAAUAAACGUGUGCCUGUAAACUGCCCAA